AUGCAGAAGAAGCACGCCGAAGUCAUGACCAACUUCGUCACUUGCGCGCCAACUGAGGAUACGACCGCUUGUACGGCCUACCUCAAAGUUGGCGCUCGACCCUUUGUGAAGCUCGUCGUGAAGCUCGUCGUGAAGCUCGUCAUGAAGCUCGUUGUGAAGCUCGUCAUGAAGCUCUCGCGAGCCGUUGUCGGCUGUCUCCUGCUCUCGCCCGUCGUCGCCCAGACCGUUGUCAUCUCCGACGUCUCCAAACUCUCAUUCUUCACCGGCACGAGGACGGAACAGAUGACGAGGCAGACGGCGCCCCCGACGGGGCCUUACGCGAGCUACGGCUCCAAGAUCACCCUCACGGGCGGCGCCCACAACACGACGGGCACCUCGAGCUUGUCGGGCACCGUGACGAUGGGUGCCAACUUGACCCGGACGUCGCCCGUGACGGCGGAGAACACGCAGGCGUGCAACGGCCACGUCGAGUUUUGCACGAGAAAGUAUAGCAACAUCACCUUUGUCGCCGCCCACAACUCGCCCUUUGUGCGGCCCGGGAACUCGGCCUCCAACCAGCAGCUCGACGUGACGACGCAGCUCGACGACGGCAUCCGCCUCCUUCAGGCCCAGAUGCAGUGGCCGGCCAACGGCAGCGUGCCGCACUUCUGCCACAGCUCGUGCGACCUGCUCGACGCGGGGCCCGUGACCGACUGGCUGACGAGGGUGAGGGAGUGGGUUGACAGGCACCCCUACGACGUCGUCACCAUCCUGCUCGGCAACGGCAACUACUCGAGCCCGGACCUGUACGUGCCCUUUAUCGAGGCGAGCGGCCUCGUCAAGUACGCGUACGAAGCGCCGUACCUGCCCAUGGCCCUCGACGACUGGCCGACGCUCGAGCACCUGAUCCUCCGCGGCAAGCGCGUCGUUUUCUUCCUCGACUACGUCGCCGACCAAGGGAAGCACCCUUGGCUGCUCGACCAGUUCUCGCAGAUGUGGGAGACGCCAUUUGACCCGCUGAACCGCUCCUUUCCCUGCACGGUGCAGCGACCUCCCAACCUCAAGGCCGACGACGCCAAGAGGCGGCUGUACUACAUGAACCACAACCUCAACGUCGAGUUUGACAUCUUUGGCACUCAGCUCCUCGUCCCUGCCGUCGCCCUUCUCAACGAGACCAACGCGGCCGAGGGUGCCGGCAGCGUCGGCCUCGCCGCCAACAAUUGCCGCUCGGACUGGGGCCGCGCGCCCAACUUUCUCAACGUCGACUACUACAACUACGGAUCGCCGCCCGGGUCCGUGUUCGAGGUCGCGGCGAGGAUCAACAACGUCACGUACAGCGGCACCUGCUGCGGCACCGUGUCGUCGGCGCCAGCGCUGAACCUUGGCGUCCGCUGGACGGUCGUCGUCUCGAGCGCCCUCGUUUCGUCUUUGUGUUUCUCGUUUCCUUGGUGA